UUGCGCGGCGCGCAGUUGGGGCUGGAGCGCGAUGGGUCGUCCGCUCAACUGCAUCGCGGCGGUGGCCAAGAACGGGGGGAUCGGCAAUAAAGGGGACCUGCCCUGGCCCCCGCUCAGGAACGAAUACCGAUAUUUUCAGAAAAUGACCACGACUCCUACAGUAGAAGGUAAAGAAAAUCUGGUGAUAAUGGGUAAGAAGACCUGGUUCUCCAUUCCUGAGAAAAGUCGACCUUUGAAAGACAGAAUUAAUAUAGUGCUCAGCAGAGAACUCAAAGAGCCCCCACAGGGAGCUCAUUAUGUCGCCAAAAGUCUGGAUGAUGCCCUAAAUCUUCUCAACCUGCCAGAACUAGCAAGUAAAGUGGAUAUGGUGUGGAUCAUUGGAGGCAGCUCAGUUUAUAAGGAAGCAAUGGAGAAACCAGGUCAUCAGCGACUGUUUGUGACUAGAAUUUUGCAAGAAUUUGAAAGUGACACAUUUUUCCCAGAAAUUGAUUUAGAGAAAUAUAAACUUAUUCCAGAGUAUCCUGGUGUUCCAGCUGAUACCCAGGAAGAAAAGGGCAUUCAGUACAAGUUUGAAGUAUACGAAAAGCAUAUUUAGUAGGUGCACAGACCAAUUUACUUUUUAAAAAAAAUCAUUUUGUAUCGUGUCGAUAUAGAAAUAAAUGCUUGAUGGAUGUCAAUAAACUUUUCACAUAAGUACCUUUCCUCUGCAAAUCAUCACCUGAUUAAAAGCUGUUCUUUUCUGCCA